UAGUUUUCAUUUUUUUUUUUGUUCGCCAGAAGUAUUCAUCGCACUGGAAGGGAAACAUCGCCGCACCGAGCUCAGUUAUCAAUUGAACAAAAUUCUAUCAAAAGAAUGGAGUAAGCAACGUUCGUGAUGCUGGAUUUCGCCAAAUAUGUUAUGUAUUAUUUUCAAUAAUACCGGAAGCCGCCGCAGUUUUGUGUCACUAUGGGUCGUUCUCAUUACAAGUUUUUGCUUAAUUUAUGUAAUUUUCUUUUCUUGAUAUGUGGCUUGCUGUUGAUUGCAUCGGGGUGCUACCUGUAUUCCGACGGUAAGCGCGUACUGCUCUCCAGACUUUUUGCUGCCUCCAGUGAUAGGCUGAACUCGCUCCCCCAGCCACUGCUCCAUUACAUUGCCUUGGGAGUUGCCUCGGCGGGAUUAAUAGCUGUACUGGCCGCUGUCGUGGGCUGCUGGGCCAAUUGCCUGCACACCUACAUUUUCCAUUGCAUUUACUUUCUAAGCGUGGUGGCUCUCCUUCUGACCGAAUCGGUAGUGUGCCUAGCCAUAACACUAUGGCCCCACUGCUUGGGAAUCAGCUUGGACGAGAGUCAAAUGGUGAGAGCCUUGCAAGCGCUCUACGGAGUACCAGGGCAAGAACAAUUCACAAACGCCAUGGACCUGGCGCAGGCUCGCUUUGGGUGCUGUGGGAUGAAGAGCUCCCUCGACUACGAUACAUCCCUUUGGCGUCUCCAGAAUUUUGGACAGAGGAAUUGGCCUGUGCCGCUCAGCUGCUGCGUCUUGGAAAAUGCACCGCAUCCGUUGGCGUAUUUGGAUCCCAAGCCAGUAAACGCAUCUGUUUGCCAGUCCCUUGACCGUUCGAGUUAUGAAAGGGAGAGAUUUACGGAGUCCUGCCUUCCUCAUCUCGACGAUUGGUAUCGGGAGCAUUACAGUAUUUUUCUUGGGGCCAGCCUGGUGUUAGCUCUGGUGGAGUUCUGCGUACUACUUUGCAUUAUUAUGAGUUGUGCCGGCCUGGCAUCCGAAAGGGCUGUGCUGAAAAGUUGCAAAGAAGGAAUGCCAGAUCGAAAGCGACGACUAAAAGUUGUCCAAUCGAAUCUGGCACUAAUCGAAAACAUAUACGAGCCGGAAGUUGAACUUCGGCCAAAAGCUAGGCAUAGUACUGAAGCCGCUGGACCUAGUAGACAUGUAAGCAGUGAGGAUUUCAGCGAAUAUUAUUCAAGGCGUCAAUACCAGUGACAGCAUCAUUAAAGCAUUAAAGGGUUUUUAUUUAUAACCCCUUUAUUGUAUUGUCGUGGCUUUUUUUAAAGAAAAGAUGAUGGGAUAUAUAUUUACUGUAUCAUAAAACCUCUUGACGAGAUAAAAUACCGGUGACCGGAGGAUUAGUGAUUACUAACUAUCCUUAUGAAAUUUGUCAUAUCGGAUUACUUUGUCCAAAAUGGAAUCUGUACCAAGUCACAUCUUUCUAACUAAAACAAGAAAGGAAAGCUAACUUCGGGCGGAGCCGAAGUUGAUAUACCCUUGCAGUUGUGCCAUUUUCCAUCGUUCAGUUAUAUGGCGGCUAUUGGAUACAGUUGGCCGAUCCCUAUGAAAUUUGGCAAAUCAGAUUAUUUUGCAUAAAAUGGAAUCUGUACAAAGUCCUAUCUUUCUAACUUAAAAAACACCAAAGUUAUGCCAAUUUCGAUAGUUCUAUGACAGCUAUAGGAUAUAGUCGGCCGAUCCUUAUGAAAUUUUGCACACAAGAUAUUUUGGUCAAAUAUAACGUGGAAAGUCCCAACCCUCUAACUAAAAAAACACCAAAGUUAUGGCAUUUCUGAUCAAUCAGUUAUAUGGCAGCUACAGGAUAAAGUCAACCGAUCCCGGCCAUUCCGACUUAUAUACUACCUGCAAACAAAACAAGGAUGUGUGCAAAGUUUCAACUCGAUAGCUUUAAAACUGAGAGACUAGUUUUCGUAGAAACCGACAGACAGACGGACACACGUAAGAAAAAAGGAGUCAUUUUGUAAUUGCUAAUAAAGGUGGCCACUUAAUUGAUUUUGUUUUCAAAAAAUUGUAAGGAACCAAACUGAAUAAAAAUACAUUACUUAUAGAAAUCGGUUGUUUUUUCUCAAAGAUAUUCAUGUUUACAUACCGACAUAAAAGAUGAAGCACCCCGUAUAAUACCCUC